UGGUCGCUUGUGUACCUUUUUUUUUUAACUUUGGUUAGCCGUUUUUGUAGAACACAUCGUUGUUCGUGAUUAAGUAUUAAAUGGCAACAAUGUCCUUUAGUGAUGUAUUAAUAGAAAGGUUGCAAGCACGGGAUAACACUGUUCACAAAUUUCAUACUAUUAUCUCUAAGAAUAAUCAGCUUUUGAGAUCAAUCGUUGAAUUAGAAAAAGCCGUUGAACUUGCUAAAAUUACACAGCACAUUCCUGAGGGAAGUCCUUCACAACAGGUAGCCGACUUGGACCGGCGUAUCAAAGAAUUGAACGAGGAGAGAGCUGAAAUGUAUAAGACACAAAGCGCCAAUGCUCAAAGACUCGUUAAUUUGAAUGAGCAGUUGCGAAUUAAGGAAGAAAAAGAUAGUAAACAGACUGAAGAGUAAAGCUAAGUUGCAAAGAAGUCCAUUCUUCUCUUUGAUGAUGUCUUGCCUAAAGAUGCUUUUCCCCUAAAAAUUUCUAGACUUAACAACUUGUCA